AAAAGCCAGGCUUCUACCGGCAGUUUCUGGGAGUCAUAAGCCUUCCAUCCGUCGGAUUAGUUUGUCCCUGGGAAAUGUUUAUAAUAGAAAAGGCUCAACUGGGGUAUACAUCAGCUUCUCCCGUCCCUCUGGCGUUUGGUGGACUUGACAACAAUGUGCGAAGAUAAAAUGAGCUGGUCAUCUCAGGAUCAUGGAAAACCUGGAGUCUAGGCUCAGGAACGCUCCCUGUUUCCGCUGUGAGAAGGGAAGCGAUUCUGUCCCCGUGUGCCAGAAGUGCGAAACAUGUAUCUUGGCUUGCAAGAUCUUCUCUGCCAAAGAGUGGUUCCACAGGGUCAGUGAGAUGUCCCAGAGGAGGUUUCUAGUUAGCAUUCUGGAGCAGUUAGAUAGCUUGUACUUGUUACACUAUUUUCAAAACAUCCUUCAGACCACACAGGGAAAGGAUUUUAUCUAUAACAGGUCCCGGAUCAACCUCAGCAAGAAGGAAGGGAAAAGCCUGAAGCCCUCCUUGAACCAGAUAUUGGAUAAAACUGUGGAACAGAAGACGGAGGAGAUCUUGCCCUGGUUUGGGAAGAGCCCCAACGGGACUAAGGCACAUUUCACACUCCUGCUGCUGCAGAUGUGCGACUCCAAUUUACUGCUCGCUGCUGCCGAUGUCAUCAGAGCCCUGCUUCUGAGAGAGCAGAAGCACAUCUCAGAGGGACAAUGCAAGUGUUCACUCCAGUGCAUUUCCAAAAUGCAUGCUCUGUUUUCUGGAAAAGCAGACAGGCCCAAGGCCGAGAGUGCCCCUGCCAACAUCCUGCCUGACCUGGGUGCUGUUCGAGGCCUGCCUUCUGGAGUCAGCAAAUUCCGGGACUUCAUCCGUCAGCUGCCUAUCCACCUCUCUAAGUACAUUCUAAGUAUGCUGGAUACAAACACCCUGAACAAGUGUGCGUCUGUGAGCCAGCACUGGGCUGCGUUGGCACAACAGGUCAAGGCGGACCUGUCGAUGCACACAUUCAUUCAGAACCAGGUGGCCCUCCUGCAGGGGUCUUACAUCAGGGGCAUAGAUCCUAAUUAUGCCAACAAGUUUCCUAUUCCAGUUCCUAAAAUGGUAGAUGAUGAACAACACAUGCUUGUGAAAAACCAGAAAUGGAAACCGAGAACAAAGAAUGACUACAACCUGUAGACUGCAUGCCAGGGCCAGGAAACUCAGCAGGUCCAGAUGGAGGAGAGAAAUGUCUUCUGUGGGACUUACAAUAUCCACGUUCUCUCUGACACGUGGGACCGAAAGAGAGUCAUCCACUGUUCUGGGGGAGAUUUGUUAGCUGUGUCAUCCAAUCGGAAGAUCUGGCUUCUGGACAUCGUACAAGUAAAGGAGAUACCCAUAGAGUUCCGAGGCCAUGCUGGGAGUGUCCGUGCCCUCUUCUUGUGUGAGAAGGAAAACUUUCUACUGAGUGGGAGUUAUGACCUGAGUAUCAGAUACUGGGAUCUGGAAAGUGGGGCUUGCAUACGAAUCUUCAGUGGCCACCAGGGGACAAUCACUUGCAUGGAUUUAUGUAAGAACAGGCUGGUAUCUGGAGCAAGAGAUUGCCAGGUGAAAAAGUGGGACAUACAGACAGGAAAGUGCCUGAAGACGUUUAAACACAAAGACCCCAUCUUGGCCACCAGGAUCAAUGACACCCACAUCGUGAGCAGCUGUGAGCGGGGGAUAGUCAAAGUGUGGCACAUUGUCACAGCCCAGCUGGUAAAGACUCUCAGUGGCCACAAGGGAUCUGUGAAGUGUCUGUACUUUGACCAGUGGCAUCUCCUCUCUGGCAGUGCUGAUGGACUGGUCAUGGCCUGGAGCAUGGUGGGGACAUAUGAGCGAUGCCUCAUGGCCUUCAAGCAUCCAAAGGAGGUGCUUCACGUGGCCCUUCUCUUCCUCCGAGUCAUCAGCGCCUGUGCUGACGGCAAGAUCCGCAUCUACAGCUUCCUGAAUGGGAAUUGCUUGAAGGUGUUGAAAGCCAGUGGCAGAGCUGAUCCCGUGCUGUCCUUCUUUAUUCAGGGCAACAGGCUGGUGAUCAACACAGAGAGCAAUAUUCUCUUGUUUCACUUUGAGAAUAUAAAGUGGCAGUACUCCGUGGAACGGGCCAAACAAAAGAAGGAUAAAGAGGACAGAGAAGAGAACAGCCUCGCAGAAGUUCUCUCCAAGUCUAGCACUCAGACUUACAGCCUGAGGGACUCAAUAUCCAGUCAACAAGCGGUGGCCCGAGAGUCCUCCCUCUUAAACGAACCUCACAGGCCCUGCCUUCUCCUGAGGACAACCAGGUCACCUUCAUGUAAGAGAGGUGAAUCCCAGACCAUCUCAGUGGCCCCCAAAGGAGAAGAGCCAGAUGAUGUGGAGAAAGCACAAAAACAACUGGAAAAUCCUGGAGACUUCAUCCACCACCCAAAGAAAAGGUCCUGGCAAAUCUCUAUGUUGCCAGACCAGUUCCUCCUGACCGUCAACACAGUGCAGCAAGCCCACAACUCAGGGGGGUUUGCCUAUCCCGGCAGGCCGCAAGCCCAAAUCAUUGAUGCCUGGGGACCUUCAAUUUCACAUCCGAGGAAGGUCCUGAGUUUCAAAGGAAAACCUGUCCAACAUGUAGUGGAUAGGUUGAGAUUCAGCAACCCUCUCAUACAUGUGAAACAGACCAACAUUCCCCUUGAAAUCCAGAAACUGCGGCCCCACUUGAAGAACUCUUUGCACAGUCCCCGGGUCCAGUCCACCAUACCCCAGCCCAUGAUUAUCCGCCCCAGGUUCUCUGGCAGUUUAAAGGGUGAAGACCAAGCCACCAGUUUAACUGAUGGGACGGUGCGUAGCUUCAGCCCCUUGACUAGCUCGCAGGUCAUUAAACCGAACCGCAUGUUGGCUCCCUCGGCGGCCACGGCAACCCAGUUGGUCAGGAGGGGACAGCCUCGCUUCUACUCUGCCCUGGAUCCCUUUCGAGUGAACACGGAGCUCGUGCUGCUGACUGUGAGGGAGGAGAAAGAGUAUGUGGAAGCCAGGAUGAAAGAGUAUCAGGCCAGAAAGCCUCCUGGUGUGCUCAAUCCAGAAAAAGCCAGCAAAGCUGCUUGGAUCAGGAAGAUCAAAGGCCUGCCGAUAGAUAAUUUCAUGAAGCUAGGGAAAACAGCAGCCCCUGAACUUGGACAAAACGUAUUUAUCUGAAUCAGCCUUGGGAAAUUACAGUGUCUUACAAUAAACAGAAAACCA